AUGGCUAACCGCAACCAUACUACCUACUUCUACAUGCCUGGUCAGGGACCACGUCCCUACAUGCCCUUCAGCGGUGCCAAUGACAACGAUGUAAAGAUAACCUCACACUUAGUCAAUCACUUUGACCACACUGUUGAUAUGUGGGUUACAUGGUGCAAUGGCUCACGGGGGAUGCUGUGCAGUGAGUACGAUGUCCAGACCGUGAAGCCCAACAAGGUUUUCGAAUACUGGCGCCGACUCGGUGGACGCUGUUCCACGACCGAACUUUCGAUGUACCACGUCUUCGACAUCAUUGACGAACGUGGAAGGAACUAUCACGUUCGAUGGACCGGGUAUGAUGAAGAUGAAGCGACAUGGGAGAGCAAGACCAAGAUCAAACAAAUCUGUCCUCGAGCCAUACUUGACUGGCAGCAUGACAACAGACUGCACUAG